UAUAUUGUAGUUCUGAGAUGGUCCCCAUUUACAAACCGGAAGUAACAUAGUCUGCAUAUUUGAUGACGUUAUACACUCAAAGGAAGGUGACGGACAAGUGCUGUUGAUACAUCCCGUCCCUUUGACGCAGAACUUUGGGAACACUUCCGUGAAUGGGGAUGUAGGACCCAACUUGGAAAUGUCUGAACGUUGAACUUGAAGGUGUCUGGUAGGAAGAGAAAUCGGUGAAAAUUGUGUGUAAAAAGUUGUUGAUAUGAAACUGACUUGUCACAGACACAAAAUAUUAACCAUGUAGGAAAUUUUGUUGUCUGGCUCAGUUGGUGGAAGACCUACAAAAUAUAUUUUGCUCCUAGCUUGUCUUCGUUAAGACGACAGCUAAAAUGAGCCUGAGUCGUCAGCCGUCUUCAUCGGGUAAACAACCCCGCCAACAAAUACACAAUGUGGGCUCAACCAAUGUCUCCAACACUCAAGCAGCACUGGCCGCUGCAGGUAGCAGUAACUCGGACCUUGCCUCGCUCUUUGAGUGUCCGGUCUGCUUUGACUAUGCACUGCCUCCCAUUACCCAGUGUCAAAGUGGCCAUAUUGUCUGCCAAGCCUGUAAACAGAAACUGAACAUGUGUCCAACAUGUCGUGGACCGUUAGGCAACAUCAGGAAUCUGGCAAUGGAAAAAGUAGCCACUACAGUGAUGUUCCCUUGUAAAUAUUCCUCUAGUGGUUGUCCCGUUACCCUUCUCCAUACUGACAAACAGGAGCAUGAAGAAACAUGUGAAUACAGACCAUAUUGCUGUCCCUGUCCCGGAGCCUCAUGUAAAUGGCAGGGGUCACUAGAAAUGGUCAUGGCCCACCUGAUGCAGCAGCACAAGAGCAUCACCACACUCCAGGGUGAAGACAUUGUGUUCCUGGCCACUGAUAUAAAUCUCCCCGGGGCUGUGGACUGGGUCAUGAUGCAGUCUUGUUUUGGUCAUAAUUUCAUGCUGGUUCUGGAGAAACAGGAGAAGUUGGAGGGACAGCAGAUGUUCUAUGCCAUUGUACAGCUGAUAGGCACACGCAAACAGGCCGAAAACUUCGCAUACAGACUGGAGCUGAACAGUCAUCGCAGACGUUUGUCAUGGGAAGCCACGCCCCGUAGUAUUCACGAUGGAGUGCAGUCCGCCAUCAUUGCCAGUGACUGUCUUGUGUUUGACACAAACAUUGCCCAAUUAUUUGCUGAUCAUGGCAACCUUGGCAUCAAUGUCACAAUAUCCAUGUGUUGAGAGGCAGGGUGCAUGUUAAUACUGUGCACAAUGGCCAACCAAUGACAGCCCUGUGUGUCUUAAUGUAAUAUCAGGACUUUGUGGUAUUGUGUCAAUAUAACUAAUGUAGAUUUGCUUUCCUUGGUCAGUACAUGAGUGGGUUAUAAAAUCUACCAAAUACUUUCAUUAUGUAUGUGAUUGAUAAAUUUGUAUGUCUUUUGAUCUUUGGGAAUCGCCAGGUACUUAAAGAAUGAGAAUGCAAUAUCAACUUAUCAGAAUUAAUGCAAUAAUUGUCGAAGCAAGUGUGUAAUAGAAUGAUCAAGGAAAGCAACUCUUGAGAUCCCAGAUCUAAUGUGAGCGAGAGGGAGAGAGAGAGGAGAGGAACGAAAAUUUUACAUGAAUUCAUUUGUGCCCAUAGACUAUAAAGUAUUGAGUAAGAAAAGGUUCAAAAGAGAGAAUGGAUGUUGCCAAAGUAAAUAUAUGUAAUAUCAGGGAGUGAUUGUUGACUGGUUAGAAGAGAUCAUAUCUUAAGUAUUUAUUUGAAAUUUUUAGUUAUUUCAUGCGUUGUGCGUGUAUUGAUUCCUAUGAUGAUGAGAUCAUGUCACUGUUAUACAGUAGUUAUUUCUAUCUUGCUUUAUUUUUUCUUCCAAAACCAAGAUGACCUUUCUAGGCAUUAUAAUCAUAUUGUUAUUUUGAAAACAGUCAUCACUAGUUUUUUUUUUUAUGUUCUCCACAGUAUAAUUAAAAUCAUCGAGCUAAAUUUAAGAAUGAAGUUUAUGUAAAACUUGCACACAGGUCUAUUUGGUCUAUAUGUACACAUGAUCAACCCUUACCAUGUUUUCUUCUGGACUAAAUUAAUGAAGAUUUAAUUUUAUAAAACGGAGUAUUAAAUAAAACUUAAAUUUUUCACAUAAACCGAGUUUACAAAAGUAUGAAAAAAAUUUAACCAGAUUUGAUGUUUGGUAGAGUAGAUAUUUUACCAGACCUUGCUCUGACAUACCAGACUGUAAUAUUUUUUGUCACCUCAAUUAACACUCGUAAAUGACUUGCACGUCGUUAUAAUAAUUUCAUUUUGGUCAAGGAACUUUAAUGUACUUCCAUACUGUUAGAUAUAACAAAUGUUUGAAUGCAGGUUAUUUUUGUUUCAGACAAAUAGUCCAAGAAAGGUGGGAAAAAUACCAACCCAACCAAAAUUUAACUCGUAAAAACUGAUGAUUCUGUUACUGUCUUAUAGACGUCUAAUCACAAAGAGACUGAAACAAGUCUGAAUGCUGUUUUUAAAAUGUUUUGAAAGGGAUCCGUCCAAUUUUCUGUUUAAAAAAAAAGCUUUUAGGCAUUACUUAUGUCAAACUGUUGGAAUAAAUGCCUCAAUUCUUGCAGAAAAUCUAGGGCCUGUUGCUACUUAGUUUUGUGAAUUUAUUUCUGCUGUUGUAACAAUAUAAUGAAAUGUAUUAACUGUUCGCCAACAUUUAGUAUUUUGGAUUUUUUUUUUUAGACAUGUACUUUUAUUUUAGAAAGAGGUUUUAAUGAGAAAAGAAUUGCCAAUUGAGCUAAUUAAAUAAACUACGAAGUAAGUAUGCCUUGAAUAAUCUUUUUAUAGAUACUCAUGAAUUUACAUCGAAGAAAAAACUCGAACAAAAGACAACAAGAAAAGAUUAACAUAAAAAUUUAUUUUAUCUAUUAUUCUUCAAAAAUAAUUAGUAUGCAACGAUGCCAAGUAAUCAUGAAAAAUUAGUGUGGCAUGUUUUAUGGUGGUACAUGUAUCAGUAUGCAAGUUGAGGUAAACAAAUGAUAUAAUAAAUACUGUAAAUUAACAAGUGUUUCCAUUGAAGCUCCAAUCAUUUACAUUUGUUUAAAGAGUGCAGUUAUUUAUCUAUCACAUAUCUGCUUUCUAUGUUAGAGUAGUAAUGUAAUAUACUGUCACUAUACAUAACACAAUAUAUACAUGAUGUAAAUGGGAAUUUACAAUGUCUUUCUGUUCUGACUAGGGUUGAAUAAGAAGUUGUGUAUUAUGUAGUUGUUUGCUGGGUUGGAGGGCAGUAAUGAUUUGCCUAAACUUGUGAAAAACUGUCUGAAAGUCUAGAAACCAUAUACCAUUUGGAAAUUCAGUCAAAGAUCUACAGAUUUUGCAUGCAGACACAACAUGCAAAUUUACAGACAACUGUAGUGUCAUCCAAAACAAAAUGGUAUUAUGAUAAGCAAUGACAAGUCAGGGUUAUGAUUCAUGUGAUUUUAUGCAAAAGUACAAUGUAAUAUGAAGAAGCAAAGGUAGGGCAGGAUAUCCCAGCAUGCCUGUAUUAAUGUGUUUAUGUAUAUGUAUUCUGCUGUUUUCUUGUUUUGCAGAAAUUUCUAAGCAAACAAAAAGAUUUUUGGAUAAAGAACAUUUUAAAAAAAUCAUUUUUGUCUCUUAGGCAUAAACUAUUGUUCAUAGGUUUUACUAAUGAAGUUCAUUUUUAAAUGGAAAUCUUUGAAAUGCCAUAUGAUAAGAAAAACCAGUGGAGCAUUUUACUAUAUGUAGUGUACAUGCAAAGUACACCUGUGUCAGUUAUAAAUAUACAUAGUUUUAAUGUACCUCAAGUUCUUGAGGGUGUCAUAUGCAACUUAUUAAAAGUCCACAGUUUGUUUCAUUUAGUACCUGUGUAUAGGAGUACAUCAUUCUAGUCAUUGCUUGGAAUUUAUUUGCAACAUCAUUUUGAUACUAGUAAUUUUCUCAUGUGCUGUAAUAUUGCAAAUUUUAAAUGUCUUCAUAUGGACUGAUUUUCAGUGAAAUGUGGUGAUUUAUGUAAUGUAAUUUAAAAAUGUUCCAUUAUUGUUUUGGCAUUACUGUACAUGAUUGCUUUCAUUUUAUUCACACCCGAUGGACAGGAGCGUCUGUGACUAUUGAUCUUGAUAUGUUUGUUUUUCAAUACUGGUUACUGUGAAGGUUAUAACAUCCAUUGCAUAAUCAAGGGUUAGAUUUGUAAAUACAAAUUACUCUGUUGACUUAUAUAUUGUAUUCUUUAUUAAAAUUGCAAUGCAUAAAUUUUAACCCUUGGAGUAAAUAAAGUGGCGUCCAAAACACUCUGAAAGUCCAAAGUUGGGGUAAUUCUAAUGUUGUCCCUCCCUCCAAUUUGUUAAAUGAAGGAAAAUGUUUAUUCAUUGCUCAUACAUGUAUUAAGGUAGCUCCAACCUCAUGUGAUUUAUUAAAAUUAAUUGUUCAAACUAGAAAAACUAUUGAUUUCCACUUGAUAUAGGUGAAUUUAGUCAUUAACCAAAGAAAAUAAAGAUGUUGCCAUGUCAGACAAGAACAAAAGGUUGAUAUCAACAUCAGAAAAUUGCACAUUUUCAUUAUACAGCAUGAUCAAAAUACUCAAAGACUGGUCAAAAUGACGAAAAUUUAAUUUCGGCAGUUUCAAAAAACUACUUGUAAAGGAAAUCUUUAUAUAGAGAAAUACCAGCAUAGGAGUUAUUGCCCUUAACAAUGUUUUUGUAGUAUACUUUUAGAAAAUAUAAACCUGUCGGUAUCAAAUACAUGUACAGUGUAGUUAUAAAUCUUUUUUUUUUUUUUUUUUUUAAUAAUACCCAUUGAAUAAAAUUCCUCUUAAAGAUAUAUUUCUACCAUGCACAAUUAAAAUAAAGAUUUUGCAAAAAAACCUAUGACAUCACUUGAGGAUGUAGCUACCUUAAGUAGUUUUUCGUAGUUAUGCAUGCAGAGAUGGCAUGGCUGACAUGAACUAGAGAUACAGGUUCUUGCACAAAUUGUCAGUGUUUAUUGUCACACUAUCAGAUUUAUGUUCAAGUUUAUGCAUUUUACAUUUAAGGGAUUCAAGUAUGGAGUAUACACCUAUAUUUUAAAGAUUUCUACAGUGUCAUUGUCAUCAGUAUUGGGGUGUAAUCAUGUUGACUGAUGUAAUAAAUUACAAAUCAUUAAA